AUGGCCAAUAAAGCCUCUAUUCCUCACGAACCACUAAAUGGCCCUACGGAUUCCCUUAUUGAACCCGGUGGCUCCCGUGACUCCACAUAUACGGAUUCCCCAUCAGAGCCAGAAUCUAUCUACCCUAUAGCACCAUGGGAUAUCUGCUGGGACGAUAAGCCAAGGACGGCCUUGUCCUUAUUUUUGAUAGGUCUUGGUUGUGCCAUCGGGCAGCACGUAUUCUACAGUAUGAAGGAUGGAACUCUGGCUGAGCAUCAGGCGUGGACAAUUCGAAUCGGGACAGGUCUCGCAUAUCUCCUCGGGUUUUCGAUGGCUGCCUUGGUUGGGAUCUCACGGGAUCAGUGGGUAUGGCGUACCCUCCGAACCCGAUUCUUCCCCUUGAAAAGCAUAGAUGCCUUAUUCGGAGUCACCUCCAAUGUCACCUGUUUUCUGGAUUUCAACAUGGUGCGGCACGCCAAAGUCUCGACAGCGCUGGCAGCUUUGAAAUGGCUUUUCCCGCUGGUGACAAUCUUCACACCAAGUACCAUCUCUGUCAUAUCGUCGCCCUUCCCGUCCGAAUUCGAUUGCGAAGUACCAACUCUAUCAUUCUCGAAGGCUAGUGGCAGCACCGAUCCCGGUGUGCAUGCCCUCAACUACGUCAACACCAAUCAUACCCAAGAUAAUACGGGUCCCAACCCCCGCCUGAGAUCGAGGGCGAUGGCCGCGACGUAUGCAAUACAGAACAGUCAUGCGUUAUCCCAAGAGUAUAGCGCCGUAGAUACAUUCGAUCCCGCCGCGUACGCUGAACAAAACCUCUUCAUCAAUAACCACUCUGUAUCCAUUGAUACAGAAAUUGAAAGCAAGGAUUGCUAUGCAAGCUCUGAGGCCCUUCGAUACCUUAUAAUGUCGGCAUACUCCGAUGAAGUCAUCUUCCCUCGGCCCCCCGACAAUCGUGAGCACAUUAUAUCGGAGCAGUGCUCUUCCAACUGCAGCUACUCUUACGAGUUUGUUGGACCUACGGCCAGCUGUACUGAGUUUGAGACCCUUCCGCAGAUACUUUCUGAUAUCUAUCAUAACAUUAGUGAUAAGAAUAUCAUCUUGUUUGCUGCGGGGCAAGGGUCGGAUCUGAACACGACAGAUCUUAGCUCGACGUAUAAUGUGCAGACCAAUGACAAGCUAUACUCGCCCGAUCGCCUGUGGGCAUUCUAUUCGUCCGCAAACGAUAGCCUUCAACCACGCGACGAUCGCAGUCUACAUGCCUACACAUGUGAAUUUGGGCCCGCACGGUACUCGAUCAAACAAGAGAUCACCGACCGCUUCUUGCAGCCCGAGAUAACCGUUGGCCCGAUCGACCGCGAAAAGCUGAGCUUGGAUAACACGACUACAUGUGUGCUCCUUCAGUCUGUUCUCGAAAUCCUCAGGGGUUAUUUGGUAAUCACAUAUGACUCUCGGCUUUAUAGCACGAGCAAAGAAAGUGGUCAAACGCCGUUGAUGAACUAUACGGUCACAGUACCCAUCGCCUCCAAUCGCACACAUAUUCGCUCAACCAACCUCAUCGACAAAACGGGCUUGAAGGUGAAUAAUCCCCUAGGCAAAUCUAUUGAAAAGCUAGUCAGCAAGAUGGUUGUCUCGUUGAUUGCAGAUGACGGCCUCAUCAUCGCCGAUAAAGUCAAAACAAAAUGUCACACAGAAAGGAUACAAAACACCUACGUAUACAAGCCAUUCAUCUUGGUUCUGGUCAACUCAACCGCCAUGUUUUUCUCUGCGUUGGUAGCGGUGCUGGGAGCUGUGGCUCUUGUGGAGAAUGGCGUGGCGAGUGACGCUUCGUUCUCGACCUUCCUCCGAACGACACGAAAUCCAACACUGGACCAAGAGUUGAGGGGUGGGUGCUUGGGUGGAAGUUCGUUCCGGAAGAGAUUUCGUAAUCUAAGGCUUAAAUAUGGGGAAAUUUCGGUCAAGGACGAGGGGAUUUAUGGCGAUGGUGUUCGCCACGUGGGUAUGGGUAUCGAAGGAGAGGUUACCACCAUGAAGAAGGGUAAGGAUUACUAUUGA